AGGGAGAAAUAAAAUGGCAACUCAUAUAAAUUACAGUGAAGGCAAAAGUUAACAGGAAGGAAGUUCCUUCAUAAACAGUUCCUUCUUCACAGCUAGCAUGUUCUUUAACCCUGAAAUAUGCCAUGGAACAGUUCCAAAUCAGUACCAUGUUUCAUUUCUUCUAUUCAAGUAGAAAACAGAAGACGGACAAAGGCAGUCUUGUUGCACAACAUCACAGAGCUGAAAUGACAAACAUUUGGGCGCCGAAGGCAGGAGCUGCAGCAGAGAACACACUCUCGCACCCAGGGGCGGACCACAAGAACUCUCAAGACUUUACUGAUGAAAGCUCAGCAAAUUCUCUACCACAAAUAAGUUUGGCAACUACCUUGAGACAUUAAUAGGAAAACACCAGAUGCCACUCUAACAACUACUACUGAAGACAUACAAAUCCUUCAGAAUCUACCACAAGCAGGCAGCACAGAGAAGAUGCAAGCCCUGGCCAACGUCACCCCGGCCCCUGGGAACAGCAGCCGGUGCAGCAGAGACUACGAGAUCACCGAAGUCCUCUUCCCGCUGCUCUACACUGUCCUGUUUUUUGUUGGACUCAUCACAAACAGCCUAGCAAUGAGGAUUUUCUUUCAAAUCAACAGUAAAUCCAACUUCAUUAUCUUCCUUAAGAACACUGUCAUUUCUGAUCUUCUCAUGAUUCUGACUUUUCCGUUCAAAAUACUUAGUGACGCCAAGCUAGGCCCCGGGCCUCUGAGGGCCUUUGUGUGCCAAGUCACCUCCGUUGUAUUUUAUUUCACAAUGUACAUCAGCAUUUCCUUCCUCGGGCUGAUAACGAUUGAUCGAUACCAAAAGACCACCAGGCCCUUUCACACUUCCAGCCCCAGCAACCUCUUGGGCGCUAAGAUUCUGUCUGCUGUCAUCUGGGCCUUCAUGUUCUUACUUUCUCUGCCUAACAUGAUUCUUACCAACAGGAGGCCAAGAGACAUUCACGUGAAAAAAUGCUCCUUUUUCAAGUCAGAAUUCGGUCUGGUCUGGCAUGAAAUAGUCAAUUACAUCUGUCAAGUAAUUUUCUGGAUUAACUUCUUCAUUAUCAUUGUCUGCUAUACUCUCAUUACCAAAGAGCUCUACAGGUCGCAUGUGAGAACCAGGGCUGUAGGGAAAGUCCCCAGGAAAAGGGUGAGUGUCAAGGUUUUCAUCAUCAUUGCUGUGUUCUUUAUUUGCUUUGUUCCUUUCCAUUUUGCCCGAAUUCCCUACACCCUAAGCCAGACCCGAGACGUCUUCGACUGUGCUUCAGAGAACACUCUAUUCUAUGUCAAAGAGAGCACUCUGUGGUUAACGUCUUUAAAUGCAUGCCUGGAUCCGUUCAUCUAUUUUUUCCUUUGCAAGUCCUUCAGAAAUUCCUUGACAGGCAUGCUGAAGUGUCCCAAAUCUAGAACCUCAUUAUCCCGAGAAAACAGGAAAAAAGGACCGGAUGGCAGUGACCCAGAGGAGACACCAAUGUAAAGAAAUUCCAGAGAACUGCUGUUCUGCUGGGUUCCGGUUCCUUCAAUACAUCAACAGUGACUUAGAAACCCCUGAGGUAAUUAAGAUCACUCUUGAAACAAGGGACAUACAGCCACAAAAGUAAUUUUCAUCUACUUUUCCAGUAUAAACACUAUCCUAAAAUGCAGAAAAGGGCUGGCUCCAUACAGUAAAACUGUAGCCAUGCCAAACAACACGCAAUUCCUGAUUUUCAGAGCGGGCACAACGGCGAUGACAAAAGGACAUGGAACUCCUGCUUUAAGCGGGCGGCGAAUGGGCAGUCACAAGGCUGGAAUUCUUCACAGGCACAUUAGCCACAGUCCUGUUCUCUCUACUGUCAGAUGAGAAAAAUGAUAAAUUUGAUAGAAUAGUCUACCCCAAAACCAUACUAAUACGCUAUAUACAUCCUAGUUACCAAAUCAAAUCCUUGCUGAUUGAUAUUAUAAAAGUUUAAGUUCUUGGGAUAUACCAUGUAUAUAAAGUAGAAAUUUAUUACUACAAAACCUCAAAGAUGUACAAAUACAAGUUAAAUGCUAUAAAAUCCCCAAAGAUUUAAACUAAAUGAAAUGCUAUAUCAUGGAGUUGAUUUUUUUUGUUAUUAAGAUGAUUAUGAUUUUAAAAAUACCAUUCCAAUAAAGGUCAUAGUGAAUAAAUUACUGAAGUAAGAGAAGCUACCUUUAUGACAGUCUAAUACUAAAGAAUAUUAUUAAUAUUUCCUUAACACUAGAAUAGGAGGUUUCACUAAUACCUUGAAAACUUCAACAGACACAAUACUGUCUUUGACAUUUACCUUUAUGAAUUAGCUUCUGGAGAUACCUGCUCUUUGAGUUAACAAACUUUGUGCUCUGGUAAGAAACAUGCAUUAAAUGUAACUACAGAUUUGCUCUGCAUCGCUAAUAAGAGGCAUAUGAUUGAACUGUUUGGAUUACCUGCUUGAUUUGUGUGUAUAAUAUAAAAAUCCCACAUUCA